GCUCCUCCUCCUCCUCCUUCCACCGUAUACAUCUACCUGCACCUGAUUGCCCUCCCAUUGCCAUUGCCAUUGCCAUCGCCUGUGCCUCUGCCUCUGCCUCUGCCAUUCUCCCCGCCGCCGCCAUCGCUUGCUCACACGCCAUACUGCCCUCGCCCACGGCUUGCAAGGAACACACAUUCGACGAGUGCAAAUAGACUUCUCCGUAUUACCAACAGAAAGCGACGGAGUUGAGCCGAUUCGAAUCAGAUGCGCUGCUAGGACCAAACUAUUCUUACCUGAAGGUUGUUGUUACGUUGCUCUAUCCCAAGCUCGCCUCGCCUCACCCGCCCACGCACCCACGCACGACCGUCUUCUCUGCUGCCACCUUCGGACUACCUUACUCCCUGUUCGCGAAUGCUCCUGCUGGAAUUCUCUGCAGACACCGCUCUUCGGUGAAUUAAUGAUCGCGCACCCUGCUCCUCGCCCUCGCCCUCACCCUCACCCUCCUCCUCCCCGCUCUCACGACAGACCGCAAGGACAGCUCCCUGCAUAGAACUCUAUUAUCUCGACCAUCUCCGACGAACUGCAUUGCGGCGCGCCCACCACCACCGAUAUUCUUGUUCUUCUGCUUCUCGUCUUCUGCUUCGUUGACCCGAAUAAUACCUGACCCAGCGCGAGCCAUACAUAGCCAUCAGGAAGUGGUCGCCAUGGGGCCACAGCAAAAACAGCGCAAGAUGGCCAUCGUCGGCAGCCGAUCUGUCGGCAAAUCCUCCCUCACCGUCCAAUAUGUCGACGGCCACUUUGUCGAUUCCUACUACCCCACCAUCGAGAACACGUUCAGCAAAGUCAUCAAGCAUCGGAACCAGGAAUUCGGUGUGGAGAUCAUCGAUACCGCCGGCCAAGAUGAGUACACCAUCCUGAACAGCAAGCACUUUAUCGGAAUCCAUGGCUACAUGAUUGUCUAUUCCGUCGCUUCGAAGCAGAGUUUUGAAAUGGUCCGCAUCAUACGGGAUAAGAUCCUGAAUCACUUGGGCGCCGAAGCGGUCCCCAUUAUGAUCGUGGCCAACAAAUCUGAUCUGCGACCCGAACAACGACAAGUCUCGACGGCCGACGGCAAGAGCCUCGCAGAAGAGCUGGGAUGUGGCUUCGUGGAGGCUUCAGCGCGCUACAACGAGAAUGUGGGCAAGGCUUUCGAGGGCAUGAUUGCCGAGAUCGAGAAGGGACAGGAGGCGGGACAACCGAAAGAGGGCAACUCCAAGUGCGCCGUGAUGUGAUGAUUUCCCGUCCUCUUCCAGGGACGAGCUUCCCAUGGGUAGUGCACCUAUGACGACGAUGAUGCGAGAGUGGGAAGAGCUGGGAGGCAGCGUUGUGAGCGAAUACGGAGUUCUGGACAAUUAUACCACAUGGGAGUGCAUGCAGGCAUGCUGCUGCAUUCAUUGCUGCGAGCGAAUGGAUACGGUGUUUCGGCCAUGUACGAUAAGUGGACGACGUGAUGGGAUAGAGUAGAGGUUCAGUACGGCGCAAGCGAUACCAAUGGAUAUAUGUUGUUCGGUUUGAGAUGCUGCGCCCUCGACGACGAGAUUGCAGUCAUUUUUCCAUUGCUGUGGCACACGCCUCGGCGACAGCCCC